CGUUCCCGCCCUCUAUUUCCUGUUUACUGGUCACGUGGUCAGUCUCCUAGUAACCACAAACGCUGAGUGAAGUCAUGGCGGCCAGCAGGGCGAUGGAAGCUGAAGAAUAUUUGCGAGAACACAAGAUCACAGAUCUGAUGAAUAAUCUGACCAGCCUUCUGCUUUACCAACAGCCAGAACGACCCCGAGAGUUUCUCAUCUCUCAACUGGAACAGCUGAAGCUUGCUAGGCUUGCAGAUUUGGAAUAUCCUUGUCUUUUUGAUGAAUCUAAUGUGGAGGCAGUUUUUGGAAUCCUGGACCCUGCUGGACAAGGUUACAUAACAGGGACUCAGUACACUGAAGCUUUAAAAACCUUGGGCAUAGACAUUGACAACUUACCUGCACCUCCGGAGAAAAUCACACUGGAAGUCUUUAAACAUGAUGUAAGAAUUCAUCUGAAAAAAAUGUGUGCGACGUUUAAGGCAUAGCUCCAUUUAACGCUCACCACCUGUUCUGAAUAUAUGUUUCUAUUUAAUAAAAAGUCUGAAUUUGUAAAA